AUGGCUUUCAAGGUUGUUUCUGGAGGCAACCAAUUAACAAGUAUUGAAGCUCUCAACAAAUUUAAAUCAUUUGCGGGACUUUAUAAAAAUCGUCUUGUCGAUCCAACAAAUUGGAACAAAGUAGUGUCGAGUGAGGUACGUUUUGUGUUGUACAAAAACGGCUUGGAACAGUUGGUCCUUAAGUUCAAAUGCCCGAAUUGCAGCUACAUCGACUGGUUUACACAACUUAACCUCGUGGAAUCCCCAUGGCAUGAUAUAACAUCGUCUACCUUUAACUACUUUACAAUAGAAGGUCCUUGCUCGAAAGGUAGAUGUCGUGAUUUUCAUAUAAAUCACAACUAUAAUGGUUGUCCUAAGGAUGAUGGAUGGUUAAGCAUUGGAAACACUAUAGAAUGCCCCUGGGAGAAACGAUUUCCAGGAACAUCAUUUAUUUACAGCAUGGUUGGGCGACAUCAGAAUUACAAUGAAUACAGUUCUUUCUCUGGAGAUUCCGAUGUUUUGGCUAUUUUUGUGCGAUGACGAGCUUAGGUAAA